AUGCAACAAGAAUCUCAAAUGAUGACACAGACCUCUAUUCAACACGGUGUAUUUCUCUCAAUUUCACCUCGAUUGCAUCAGGUAUGUUCUAGCGAUUUCGUUGCACAACAAUGGUGGAGUUAUCUAUGGGGCAUUGAUAAUGUGGCCAAUUUUGGGGAUCUUCAACUUCUUAGUAUUCAGUUUCGUGUUCUUGCAUCAUUAUGUUCAUUAGCAAACCAAUCUAUCGACAAUGACAAAACUGCAUUUCUUAGCAACAAAUUAGUCACUUUAGAAGCAAUAUCAUUGAGUUUAUUUCAAGCUCAAAUUAAUUCUCUUACUGCUGCAUUUAUAACUCAAACACCAGACAAAUUUCGUCAUACUCAGUCGUACAUUUAUAAAACAUUUCGUGCAAAUCAACUGUUGACUAUACCUGAAACAAACUGGCAAAUAGCUUUCACAGCUGCAGCAUACAAUUACGUUGUUGCCACUGUGCCACGUACUUCAUUUGGGAAUAAUUAUUCAUGUAUUACAUCAUUAGACAGCUUCUCACGACCAUUAUAUAUUGAUGCGAAUUCUAACACAACAGUAUUACCUGGUGUAGUGGCUAGUUGUUUACCAAUCGAUGGUAUUCGUCUGUCGACUCUAGAAUGUUUCUUCGAUUCCAACUGUAUUCUCAACUUGACAAGCAUUGCUUCUACACGCACUACCACUAUUUGGAUUGCCAGACCACUGAAUGCUUCAACACCUAGUAACUAUUCUUCAAAUACUCUCAUAGGCAGCCUCGUUGAUAGUUUAUUUGUGGAAGAUUGGGGAAUUGCAAGUAAUUAUUCAAGCUACUUUGCUUCGUGUGCUCCGCAUUCGUGUUCAUACCAAUAUAUUGAUCACAACACAAUACUCUACAUAAUCACCACUUUGCUUGGGCUGUACGGUGGAUUGACGGUGGUUCUUAGUUUUAUUGUUUGGUACGGAUGGCGUAUGUAUCAAAAGAUUAUGAGAUGGGUGCAAAUCGCUCCUCGUUCAACAUCAGCACGAGUAGUUCCUUUUCAGCCAACUAUCCAUAUUGAAUGA